CCACUGGUAUAGUGAUAUUAACUCCGAACGGCGCAAGCCUCACCAAACCUCCAACUCCCCUCUUUGACUUUUUCCCACACUAAUCACCGCCAUGAUUCCCCAAUUUCAUCUUCUCCUCUUCACCACUACGACCCUCCUACUCUCGGCCACUCUUUCCACCGCAACCACAGCCGCUUAUCCCCCUUCAUACGGCGAAGAGUCAUGCAGAUUCUCCGGUGGCACUGCCGCCCUCACCCCGGAAAGAAGAGACACAUACGGUAAUGGACGGAUAAUCGACAUCACCCACCGCAUAAACCCCAAUAUGCCAGCGUUCGGUUCUCCCGAUGGUGUUGGUCAGUUCAUUUGGCUCGUCAACAGCAUGAAAAACGGGUCAAUUGCUAAUAAUUCCGAGAUGAAACUCCCCUCUCAUACUGGGACCCACGUCGAUGCUCCUAGCCAUUUCUAUGAUAAGUACUUGGAUGCUGGUUUUGAUGUGGAUUCCCUUGAUCUUGAUGUCCUUAAUGGUCCAGCACUGUUGGUUGAUGUACCGAGAGAUAGCAACAUAACUGCUGCUGUGAUGAAAUCACUACACAUUCCUAAAGGAGUACGCCGUGUGCUUUUCAGAACUCUAAACACAGAUAGGCGCCUUAUGUUCAAGAAGGAGUUUGAUACUAGCUAUGUGGGUUUCAUGGAGGAUGGUGCUCAAUGGUUGAAAGAUAAUACAGACAUCAAGCUAGUUGGUAUCGAUUAUUUAUCUGCUGCAGCAUUUGAUGACUUGGCUCCUUCUCAUCUUGUUUUCCUUGAAAGCAGGGAAAUUAUUCUAGUUGAAGCUCUAAAGCUGGAUAAUGUUCCCGCUGGGAUGUAUAAUGUUCAUUGCUUGACACCCCGGCUGAGCGGUGCUGAGGGAGCACCUAUAAGAUGCAUUCUCAUAAAGUGAUAACCUCCGUUGUUAUUCUCAAGCCUGACAAGGAUUCAGGGACGAGUUUCUGGAAGUAGAAUGUGGUAUCGUAUCUGAUAUUCUAAUGGUUUGAAGACAUUGAAGAGAAUUAUCAUAUACAGUAUGUCGUGCCACGUUACUUUGCUGUAUAAAUUGUCAUGCCAUUUUAUUGUAAAUUGGCUAUGUAUGAUGCCUUUUAUUGUAACCUGGGAAGUUUCGGCCAACACCCAAAAUGACGGUCUUGCUCUGGCAGACGCAGACAGCAUCAUGUGGAGUAUUAUUUCAACAUAAAGCCAUCUUUUGGCCAACUUCUGGGAUGCAAAUUGGAUUAGAUAUUAUCCAUUCCAAAAUUCUGUGUAAUUUAGAAUUAAAUUGCAGUCCUAAUCUCAGUUCAAUUCGAUCAAAAACAUAAUAUUCAAUGGAAUCAGAACAAAUUAAUAUCAUCAGAAAUCUUAAAAUCUA